AUGAACGCUGCGCUGCAGUGCCUAACGCACACGCACGGCAUGCAGAAGUACUUCCGUCACUGCGAACAUGCUUUCUCGCCCAGAGCUCAAAGCAGUCGUCAGAAGUUGCUCAUGGCCUUCGCGCACUGGUUUGAGCAGGAUUGGGGUAAGAACGUGUCUGCGCCGUACCAUUCUCCUGAGGAUGUGCUGCGGGCAGUGCAGCAGCUGAACCCGACCUUCCAGGGAUACGCGCAGCAAGACUCCCAGGAGUUCCUCCGAUGCGUUCUGGACAACAUCCAUGAAGAGCUCCGGAGGAAAGUGCCGGAUGAAGCCUAUGGCUCCCAGCACCACUCCAGCGAGAACGGCACGAGCUCAGCCAGCGACGCUGGACCCAGCGCGCAAAAGACCAAUUCAGGAACGCCAAAGUCUUCAGCAACGGACUUCCUUGCGUCCGGAGGCGAAGCGAUUCCGCAGGGCUCAUCCGCGGCACAGCAGCUCAUCCAGUUCUGCCAGGGGCCAGAGAGCAGCACGGACGCUGGAGAGAUCAGGUUAUCCUCCGCUUGUUCUGACUCGAGGUCUUCUGACAAUGUGGAUGGAUUGUCUGCAUCUGGCCAAUCUGCCACAGGCAACCACUCACAAGGUGCGACUGGAGGCUCUUCCGAACCAGAGCUGAAAACUCACUUUGAAUCCAUCGUCUCCGAGCUCUUUCAGGGCAAGAUUGUAUCUUGUGUCCGAUGUCUUGAAUGUCGGCAGAUAUCAAGGACGUCUGAAGCCGUCUAUGAUGUCUCCGUACCAAUACCCAAUGCAAACGAAGCUGCAACUUCUCUUAGUGAUGGCUCGCCAUUGUCAUCCGUCAGUUCGUCGCCCAGCCUGCAGAGACAAGGGUCUGGCGGGUUGCGGAGCUCGUCAUGGUCGGGUGUUUUGAACUCCGUCGGUGGCAAGGUAAAAAGCUGGUUCUACGACAAAGGCGUCCAUCUGACCGACUGCCUUCGGAGGUACUGUGCGCCAGAAUACCUUGGCGGCAAGGACCAGUACUUCUGUGAGCGCUGCAAGCGGAAAAACGAUUGCGAAAAGCGAAUGGUCUUUAAGGAGCUGCCUGAGGUUCUCUGCAUUCACCUCAAGCGCUUUAGGUUCGAUAAUGCUUACGGCUGGUUCAAUGGCUCCAAGAACUCCCGUGUGGUGACCUUCCCUGUGACGACGCACUUGGACAUGUCGCCCUUCAUGGAGGAGGUGCCAUCACAGCCCAUUGAGUACAGGCUCAUCGGUCUCAUUCAACACAUUGGUUCCAUGGGCGGCGGCCACUACAUCUCGUAUUGCCAGCACAAGAGAAGACCUCAGGACUGGUACGAGUUCGAUGAUGUGCAAGUCACGUGCGUGACUUCCGAGCAGGUUGAACGAGCAGAACCUUAUGUGCUCUUCUACCAACGAGUGCCGUCGAGAGCAGCCAAGUUUGACCGGCAGACCUUCAAGAAAGACAUGCGCUGUAUUCAGGAGCAGGUGAACCACUACCUGAUCUCGCAAUCGACGCAGUCGACCAGCUCUUCAUCUAGGCCUGGCAGAUCCAGCGAGGAUGGCCAGGCUACGAGUCCGCACAUGCCACAUGCGCUGCAGGCGGUCACCGAGGAAAUCCGGAAUCAGGGUCCCGCAGUGCGGAAUCUCUACCGGUUUCCUCCUCCAGAGUUGGACAUGGCCUUCGUGUCCAAGCACUGGUAUGUGCGCCUGACGGCGAUGAGUCACCCUGGCCCUAUAGACAACUAUGAGUAUCUGUGUCCACAUGGAAUGUUGGGUUACUCUUCUGCUGAAAUGGCUGCAGAGCCUUUCUUCCCCAUCUCCAGGAAGCUCUCGCAGUCAUUGAUAGGCAAAUAUGGGGGUGGCCCAGAGAUUUCCAAUUUGGAUGUAUGCAGCAGGUGCCAAAUGCACAUUGACGCGUACAACCAGCGGAAGCAAGCUGAGUUCGACCUUGUGUCUAAAUAUGAUACAAAGGACACUGGAGAUGGGCAGGGCUGGUACCUGGUGAAUGCGCUUUGGGUGAACAACUGGAAGCGCUAUGUCAAGGGUGAGCCGGUGCACAGUGUGCAGGACAUGUGUGCACCUGGACCCAUCACGAAUGAACCUCUCUUCGACAAGGAUGAUCCGCAGAAGCUUCGGAAGAAUCUGAGGCUGAAGCUGGACUACAUCGGAGUGAAUGCUCGUGUUUGGUGGCUUUUCAUGCAUGUUCACGGCGGUGGCCCGGCCAUUGUUCGGGACGAGCUUGAGAUAUACUCGAAGGAGUUGUCCGUGGAGGCUGAUCUUGUCCCUGAAGAGCUUUGUCCAGCAGGCAAUGACUUUGCAGUGCGAUCCUCCAAGCAAUUCGUCGAUGAAUGCCACGGUGACAUGGAGUCCCUGACUCAGUGCUUUCUAGUGCUCGGCCGUUUGAAGAAGAUUGCAGCAGCUGCUGCCGUGGACAUGGCCCAGAGCAAAGAGCUUGAAUUCAUGUUGUGGCUGUUUGUGCUGUUCGAUGUCGGCUCCUAG